AUGAAAGUAGCCGUUGAUAUCGACAAGGCGCAGGUGGCCGAGUACUACCGGAUGAUGAUGCUCAUCCGCCGGUUUGAAGAGGCCAGCGCGCGGCUUUACAUGCAGAGGCUUAUCCGGGGCUUCCUCCAUCUCUACAUCGAGAUCAUUCUUAGAGAGGCCAUUGCGCAGGGCUUGCGCGAGGCGCUCGAGCAAGACGAAAACGUCUUCAUACUCGGAGAGGACAUUGGCGAGUACGACGGCGCUUACGCUGUGACCCGCGGUUUCCUCACGGACUUUGGGCCGGAGAGAAUUCGGGACACGCCCAUAUCCGAGUCGGGCUUUGUGGGCGCUGCCGUAGGUGCUGCACUCGUCGGCAUGAGGCCAAUCGUCGAGAUCAUGACGAUAAACUUCUCGCUUCUCGCCAUGGACCAGAUCAUAAACCACGCCGCCAAGCUGAGAUACAUGUCAAACGGCCAGCUUACGGUGCCGAUGGUCAUCAGAACGGUCACUGCGGCGCGCAGCUUGCUGCGACCCACUCGCAGAGACUUCGCAGAGCGCUUGGUAUCGCCGCUCGGUGCCGGCCUCAAGAGGAAGAAUCCGUUGGCAACUGAAUUGACCAUGCCCCAGAUGGGAUAUGACAUGCAGGAAGGCACAGUCGUGCGUUGGCUCAAAGCUGAGGGCUCCAACGUGGAGUUGGGCGAGCCGGUCGCCGAGAUCGAGACCGAUAAGGCGGUCGUCGAAUUCGAGUCCUAUGCUUCAGGCGUCUGCAGAAGAUACUGGUCUCAGAGGGAUCAACAGUGCCGCCGGAUGAGACUCCUGCCGAAGGAGCCAAGCCAAGCCGCUCGUGUAUUUGCCACUCCCGUCGCCAGGCAGCUUGCCUACGAUUCGGGCAUCGACCUCGCAGCAGUUGACGGUACCGGACCCGGUGGGCGCAUCGUGAAGGAAGACGUCCUGAGAGUCAUUGAGGCCGACACUGAGACUACUCCCGAGCCCGAGCCGACACCUGAACCCGUCGCGGAGGUCGAAGUCCAGCCUGAAGCUGAACCAGAAGUCGAACCAGUUGUCGAGGUCGAGGCUGAACCAGAGCCGGAGCUGGUCCCCCUCUCCCGCAUGAGGCAGCAGAUCGCGCGCGUCACGAUUCGCUCCAAGAGCGAGAAGCCGCAUUUCUACGUCAAUACGGACGUGGACAUGACCGAGGCUAUGAUGCUGAGGGCCCAGAUCAACCAGGCGAUGGCGGCGGAUGGCGUGCGAGCCACGGUCAAUGACCUGAUUAUUGCGGCCAGCGUGAUCGCGCUCAAGCGGUUCCCCAAGUUCAAUGCCUACUACGAAGAAGGCGGACUCAGGAUGAACGACGAGGUUAACGUCGGCAUCGCAAUGGCGGUCGAAGAGGGGCUAUAA